CAGCGCAGAACUGCAGGCGCCCGGCCGGCUAAGCCUGCGCUGGGCCGCCUCGCUAUCUCUCAGCUCCGCAGGCGGCCGCCGGGUCUCGACCGCUGAGCCCACAGCUUGAGGCGGAGCAGGCGCUGAUCCGAGGCCAGGCUGCCCAGGAGUCUCUCGGAACAUGGCAACCUGUAUGGGGCUUGCCCCCAGAGGAGAAGUCUUUAGCCCUUGUGAUGCCUGAGAACCAAGUGUGACGCUUCUCCUGGUGUUUCAUGGUGAUCCCCUCUGUCCUGUCCGCACCCUGCUCCACGUGGCUCCUGAACCAUGGGGGAGAACGAGGACGAGAAGCAGAGCCAGGCCGGGCAGGUUUUUGAGAACUUUGUCCAGGCUUCCACAUGCAAAGGGACCCUGCAGGCCUUCAGCAUCCUCACCCAACACUUGGACCUGGACCCUCUGGACCACAGAAACUUCUACUCCAAGCUCAAGUCCAAGGUGACCACCUGGAAGGCCAAAGCCCUGUGGUACAAAUUGGACAAGCGAGGCUCCCACAAAGAGUACAAGCGGGGGAAGUCGUGUAUGAACACCAAGUGUCUCAUCGUUGGGGGAGGACCAUGUGGCUUGCGCACUGCCAUCGAGCUUGCUUACCUGGGAGCCAAAGUGGUCGUGGUGGAGAAGAGGGAUACCUUCUCCCGGAACAAUGUGCUGCACCUCUGGCCUUUCACCAUCCAUGACCUGCGGGGCCUGGGAGCCAAGAAGUUCUAUGGGAAGUUCUGCGCCGGCUCCAUCGACCACAUCAGUAUUCGUCAACUGCAGCUCAUCCUAUUCAAGGUGGCCCUGAUGUUGGGAGUUGAAAUCCAUGUGAACGUGGAGUUCGUGAAGGUUCUGGAGCCUCCUGAAGAUCAGGAAAAUCAAAAAAUUGGCUGGCGGGCAGAAUUCCUGCCUGCAGACCACGCCCUGUCGGAGUUCGAGUUUGACGUCAUCAUUGGUGCUGAUGGCCGCAGGAACACCCUGGAAGGGUUCAGGAGAAAGGAGUUCCGGGGGAAGCUGGCUAUUGCCAUCACAGCCAACUUCAUAAACAGAAACAGCACAGCGGAGGCCAAGGUGGAAGAGAUCAGCGGAGUGGCCUUCAUCUUCAACCAGAAAUUUUUUCAGGACCUGAAAGAAGAAACAGGGAUCGAUCUUGAGAACAUUGUUUACUACAAGGACAGCACCCACUAUUUUGUCAUGACUGCCAAGAAGCAGAGUCUGCUGGACAAAGGUGUCAUCAUUAAUGACUACAUCGACACAGAGAUGCUGCUGUGUGCCGAGAACGUGAACCAGGAAAACCUGCUCUCCUACGCCAGGGAAGCUGCAGACUUUGCCACCAAUUACCAGCUGCCAUCCUUAGACUUUGCCAUGAACCACUAUGGGCAGCCCGAUGUGGCCAUGUUCGACUUCACCUCCAUGUACGCAUCCGAGAACGCAGCCCUGGUGCGUGAACGUCAGUCGCACCAGCUGCUGGUGGCCCUCGUGGGUGACAGCUUGCUCGAGCCAUUUUGGCCCAUGGGCACAGGCUGCGCCCGUGGCUUCCUGGCAGCCUUUGACACAGCAUGGAUGGUGAAGAGCUGGGACCAGGGCACCCCUCCCCUGGAGCUGCUGGCAGAAAGAGAAAGUCUGUACCGGCUAUUACCUCAAACCACCCCAGAGAACAUCAACAAGAACUUUGAGCAGUACACAUUGGACCCAGGGACGCGGUACCCAAACCUCAACUCCCACUGUGUCAGGCCCCAUCAGGUGAAGCAUCUGUACAUCACCAAGGAGCUGGACAGCUACCCUCUCAAGAGAGUGGACUCAGUGAGGAGGUCCAUCAGCCUCUCCAGGCGGGAGUCAGACAUCCGGCCCAGCAAGCUCUUAACCUGGUGCCAGCAGCAAACCGAGGGUUACCGGCACGUCAAUGUCACCAACCUGACCACAUCCUGGCGCAGUGGCCUGGCCCUGUGUGCCAUCAUCCACCGAUUCCGGCCAGAUCUGAUCAAUUUUGACUCUCUGAAUGAAGAUGACGCUGUAGAGAACAACCAGCUGGCAUUUGACGUGGCUGAACGUGAAUUUGGGAUCCCUCCAGUGACCACCGGAAAAGAGAUGGCAUCAGCUCAGGAGCCAGACAAGCUGAGCAUGGUCAUGUACCUUUCCAAGUUCUUCGAGCUCUUCCAGGGCUCCCCGCUGAGGCCCAUGGAAUCUUGGCGCAAAAACUAUGGAGAAAAUACAGACCUCAGCUUGACCAAAUGCUCCAUUUCGAAUAACUAUCUCAACCUCACGUUUCCAAGGAAGAGGACUCCACGGGUAGAUGGACAAACCGAAGAGAAUGACAUGAACAAGCGGAGGCGGAGAGGCUUCAAUAACCUGGAAGAGCCAUCAACCUUCUCCAGCCGUAGAUUGGGCUCCAAUCAAGAGUGCAGCAGCACUAAGGAAGGUGGAAAUCAGAACAAAGUCAAGUCCAUGGCAAAUCAGCUGCUGGCCAAGUUUGAGGAGAGUACUCGGAACCCCUCGGUCCUGAAGCAGGAACGCCGUGUUUCAGGGCUAGGUAAGCCUGUCCCAUGCUCUUCCUCCGACCCGCCUGUAAACUCCCGCUGCCCCAAGCCAGAGGAGCCCCCUCGCAGCCCAUCACCUCCUCUGAAAAGGCAGGUGCUCAGAGAGCUCAAGCAAGUGCCUGCUGGUGGGGAAUAUCCUAGCAGGCCAUGGAGGGCCAGGGCCAAGUCUGACCUGGAGCUGGGCGGGCCAGAAAAUCUCGGCACCCUGCCUCCUACCUGCCAGGGAGCGCUGGCCCUUUCCGGGGUGCUAAGGCGGCUACAACAAGUGGAAGAAAAGAUUCUCCAGAAGAGGGCUCAGAACUUGGCCAACAGAGAGUUUCACAAAAAGAACAUUAAGGAGAAGGCCGCUCACCUCGCCUCCAUGUUUGGACACGAGGAUUCCUCACAGAACAAACUGCUCUCUAAAGGCCUGUCUCAUACUCAUCCUCCGUCUUCUCCCUCUUGCCUUCCGUCUCCUGAUCCAACUGCUACUUCCUCUCCACCGACUGUUGACUCUGCUUCUCCUGCCAGAAAGCUGACGGUAGGGAAAGUGUCCAGCGGAAUAGGGGCUGCAGCUGAAGUCCUGGUCAAUCUGUACUUGAAUGAUCACAGACGUAAGACCCAGGCCACCUCUCCAGACCUGGAGUCUGUACGGAAGGUGUUCCCACUGAACCUGGGUGGCAGCGACACCUGCUACUUCUGUAAGAAGCGAGUGUACGUGAUGGAGCGGCUGAGCGCCGAGGGCCACUUCUUCCACCGCGAGUGCUUCCGCUGCAGCGUCUGUGCCACCACCCUGCACCUGGCCGCCUACACCUUCGACUGUGAUGAAGGCAAAUUUUACUGCAAGCCUCAUUUCAGUCACUAUAAAACCAAUAGCAAACAACGGAAGAGGCGGGCAGAGCUGAAGCAGCAAAGAGAGAAGGAGGGGACGUGGCAGGAGCAAGAAGUCCCUCAGCGAGACACUCCCACGGAAAGUUCUUGUGCAGUGGCUGCCAUUGGCACACCAGAAGGUAGCCCCCCAGAUGAGCCCAUCUCCCCCAAGAAGCCGAAGAGUGUCCCUGAGCCAGAGCCCGGUGAUACAGGAGGAGGAGCCACCUCUCCCCUGCCCUCCGAGUGGACCUCUGUGAGGAUCAGCCCUGGGGAGGACGGGGUUGGGCAGGACGUGUUGGCCGUGCGUGUCCUGGUCACCAGCGAGGACAGCAGCUCCGAUGCAGAAUCUGACUAUGGCAGCAGCGAGGCCUCCAGUGCGAAGCCCUGUGAAGGGAGAGCCUGGCAGCCAGAAUCCCCACCUCUACAGAAGCCCCUUACCCGGCACAUCUCCCUGAGGGAGCCUCUGACCAGGGCAGACUCUCCGCAGUGCCUGGAGGAGCUGCAAGCUGCACACGCUUUGCAACGGGCCAAUAGCUUCCAGGCUCCAACUCCAAGCAAACACCAGAACUGGAGAAGAAGAUUCCAGUCCAAUUUGCAGCCAAUGAACAAAAGAACCCUGUCAUCUCCAAAGGAGCCUUCUCCUCUUCCUCUUUCUUCCUGGUCUUCUCCUUCAUCUUCCCCACCAUCGUCUUCUUCUUCAGCCAGUGUCCCUGGGCAUACCCCAGAUGACUCCUCCCCAUCUCAGGUGGCAGCUUACAAUCCCCAUUCACAGGUCUCCAGAGGUCACUCCAGUCCAUCUACCCCAAUCUUUCUGAGACGAGCCAGAGCCCAAGGAACACCCAUGGAAACUCCCCUCUAUCUGCCUCAUGGUGCCGUGCUGGAGCGGGCAGAAUACUGCCUGGUGAGCCCCGGAGGAGACAGUGUCACAAGCCCUGUGGAGAUGGCUUCUGAGGACUGUGAGGAAGCAGAGGCCCCUCUUGGAGGUACCAAGAGCCUCCACAAAGACCCAUACCCCAUUGGGCAGAAGGACAGGUGCCUCACACAUCAAGAGCAAUCUCUCGUGGAUGGAAAAGAACCAAGAGAGGAGAGGAUCAGACCCAGGAGGCAGCAGGAGGGCAGGUCAGAGCUGGCAGAGGAGAGGAAGUCGGGUUUGAAGAAGUUAGUCCUCACUCAGGAACAGAAGACCAUGCUGCUGGAUUGGAAUGACUCCAUCCCUGAGACUGUGCACCUCAGGGCUGAGGAACCACUUUCCCAGGACAGUCCUGGGGGUGAUAGACCAGGCCGUGUGCUGAAGCCAGUCCACCCCUUGACCCUCCCUCGGGCAUGGAAACAGACACUGCCAGCCCAGAGAGAGGCCCAGGAGGAGACACGGGCCCCAGCUGUACGGACUCCGGCAGAGCAAGGUGCCCCACCUAAGUCUCCCCUGCGGCUCAUAGCCAAUGCCCUCCGAAAGUCCCUGGGAAACUUCUUUCCCAACUCCGAAGGUGGAAAGAAGGCCUGGGCCAAGUCAGAAUCCAAAACUUUGCCCACCGAUCAGCCACACACCUGUACUCGCUCAUUCAGCCUUCGGAAAACCAGUUCCAACAAGGAGGGGGACCAGCAGUCCAGUGGGACACAUGUGGCAAGCAGGGCCUCUGCUUUCUUCUCCCUGGGUUCCGAGGCUGCUCAGUUCUCGAGGCUUAGCCCUUCGGACCCUGCCCUCUGCGCCCAUAGUUUGCCCAAUCGGCCAUCUAAGAGAUUUCCUGCACUAGCGUCCCCACCCUGCAGCAAGAUGGAAGAUGUCCCCAUACUCCUGGAGAAAGUGAGUUUGCAAGAGACCUUACCAGAUGCUGCUAGGGUUCCAAAGAAAGGAGCCUCACUUUUUUCCUCCCUCAAAUUCAAAGACAAAUCUUUUGAAAGUUUCCUUCAAGAAUCUAAACAAAGGAAGGACAUCAGGGACCUCUUUAGCAGCCCUGAUGGGAAGGUGCUGCACAGGGACAAUGUCCUAUCCCUGGAGAAGCUGGCACAGCCUUUCAGAAGCACCUCCCUGGAACAGGUGGCCCAUCUUCCUUCUCCAGGAGGAGACGCAAGCUCCAAGCACAUCCCUGUUGGAGCCCAGGUGACAGAGGCUGCCUCUCCAUCUUCCUCGGCCACCUCCUCCUCUUCAGCAGAUGAAGAAUACGAUUCCCCAUUUUCCUGGAGGUCAAAGGAAGAGAAGAUACUCAGAAGAAGGAGGAAACUGGAAAAAGCAACAAGGCAAUUGGUUAAGCAAGAAGAGUUGAAAAGACUUUAUAAAGCUCAGGCCAUCCAGAGGCAGCUGGAGGAGGUAGAGGAGCGGCAGAGGGCUUCCGAGAUCCAGGGCGUGAGGCUGGAGAAGGCACUGCGAGGAGAAGCAGCAGAUUCAGGGACACAGGAUGAAGCACAGCUUUUGCAGGAAUGGUUUAAGCUGGUUCUGGAGAAGAAUAAAUUAAUGCGAUAUGAGUCGGAGCUGCUGAUCAUGGCCCAAGAACUGGAAUUAGAAGAUCACCAAAGCAGACUGGAGCAGAAACUAAGAGAGAAAAUGUUCAAGGAGGAGAGCCAGAAAGAUGAGAAUGAUCGCAAUGAGGAACAAAAAAUACUCACCGAGAUGAUGCAAGUGAUUGAGCAAAGGGACAAACUCGUGGACUCCUUAGAGGAACAGCGUGUCAAAGAGAAGGCGGAAGACCAGCACUUUGAAAGCUUCAUCUCCUCCAGGGGCUGUCAGCUGAGCAGGACGUGAGGCACCAAACCUCUCUCCCUAAAGCCAGCCCAGACCACCACACUUUCUCAUCCUGGAUUCAAAGUUAAAAGUCUACUACAUUUUUUUUUCUUUUAAUUAAAAUUCUCUCAUAUGAACUACAGCUUCCCAAGGCUUUUCCAGAGACGAUAAUGGAAAACAAAACAAAACAGACUUUUGAAACUGGCAGUCAGCGUCAGCCAGGCUCUGACUGGAGGUAUUCUUGGCAGAUGACCAGUAUUGUUUUCCCUAAAAAGUGACACAAAGACCUGAGUUUCUAGCUGCUUUUAUCAUUUUUCUCCCAAUUCAUUGAGUUACAUGUUGUAAGACUUUUAAGAAGCUGCCCUUCAUUAAUACGUCCAUAUUUGCCCUUUUUUGCAUGGAUGACUGGUUUCCAAAUGUCAGAAAGAAGCAGCAGCAGUUUAAAGAUUAGGUUAAUAUUUAAAUUGUGUUUCCAGAGAAGGAGAAGAAACCUUGAGAUUACUGAUUACAAAAAGCAAAUAACUCAUAUAGCAGGUAUUAAUUCAAUCCAGGGCGAAUUUAAUUUACCAGGUAUAUUUAUAAGCCUUAAUAUAAUAUACAUAAGCAAUGAGAGUUUAAUAGAACAUUUGAGCUUUAAUUUUAUUUUUUAUAAAAGGAAAUAGAACUUUAACUUCAUGCCAGCAAGAUGGUCAGUUUUCACCAAAUCCUGUUGGCUUAGAAAAGCUUUUCAUUCCCCCAGUCCUCUCUGCUCAUGGCCCCUGGGACAUAAUGAUAAGCACUUUUAGGAAAUGGGUGAUUUUUGAAGUGCCUUUUAAAUAAGGGUUGGUAAUGGCAAACAGGAGAACCCGUUUGCUGAUAAAACAUUGGUGAAGUUGGUACUGCUACUAAAUAUACACUAGUAGUGGUAGCAGGAUAGGCAUGCUUCUCAAUGGGGGCUGUCUUGGGCCCAAACAGUAGAGUGUUUUUGAUUCUCUCAGGGAUUGCCCAAGAGCUCUUCCAGAUACUUCCAGGUAGAACUGAGGGCAGUGACUUCAUUUAUCCAAUCCCAAAUUGGGUCAUGGAUUUUUAAAUAUAUAUAUAUUUUAAAAAAUAUAUAUUUAUAUAUAUAUAAAACAUUUUCAAAAAGCUGGUAGGUGGUUUAUGCACCACCAUGCUGGAAUUCCUGGGGCAUUUUGACAGUACAUAUGGGAACCAAAGAAGGGGAGGCUUAAAAUGGUAAUGUGUCAUGAAAUAUUUGGUUGUUUUCCCUCAGUGGAACUCUUUAAAGAUUUAGACUGCUAUUGACAAGACAGAGACUGAGAAACUGUUAUAUUUCUAGCCACUGGCUUCUGGAGUGUUUAAGGUGUCAUUAGACGCAAGGUGCUUUGCAAUAGUUGGCUCUGUCUCGAGACCAGAUUCUUCUCAACAUAAGCUGACCCUCGAACCACUUCUGUCUGAGUUGCUGUCUGUGCACACCAAUCUGGCCAGCUGACAACCAUAAAUGAAAUGUGUGCAGACUUCCUGAGUCAGCCAACAUUUUGGGUGGUAUUUAAAUGCAAUUUUUCCAUGGUAUACCAAAUUCCAAAUGCUGUAGUUCUUUCUUCUUCUUUCCUUCCUUUCUUUUUCUAUUUUUUCUUUUCUUUCUUUCUUUUUUUUUUUAAGAAUCAGGUCUUCUAGUGUCUUGAAUUCUAUUAUUAGGAAAUAUGUGGAGUUAUCUUUCUAUAUACUAUUCCUAUCAAAACUGUAUUACUUCUGGCUAUUUAUCUAUUGUAUUUAUUUAUAUAUUUAGUUAAAACAUAAUAUAAUUUCCUCAUAAUUAUGGUUUUCUUGUGUUAUAAUUUGGAGAAGACCUAUUAGUACUAAGCUAUUAGUAUAUAAGCUACUUAAUAUACAAAUAACCCAGAUAUUUGGGGCAAUGAGUUGUAUAGUAUUAAAGGCAUGAGGAGAUCAUCAAAAUAAUAUUUUCAGCCAUUAGGCAUUUAGAGAUAAGAAUAUGGAUGCACAGGAAUGUUUACUCAUUUUAAGAAAAAUGUCUACUUUCUGUUUUCAUUCUAGAAUGUGCAGAAAUACUCAAGUAACAUCUUUUCUGUCAGUUAGAUAAAAAUGUACAAUUUGAUGCCUGCAUACAUGUAACAGAGAGCACCCAAAUGUGUUGUUAUACAAAAGAAUUAAGUAUUUUAAUUUGCUAUAGUUCCAUCUUAAAGCAAGAUUCUCCCAAGAGAGCUAGCAAAGGUGGUUCCUGGUCCAAUCAUGGAAACAGCAAGUUGUUCACUUUUUUCCACAGACUCCCACGUUCUGUGGUUUAUGGCUUAAUCUUAUCCGGCCCAGUUUAAGACACAAAACUCAUAGCAAACAGUUUUCUACUUAGGCUGCCUCUCUCCAUUCCAAUUCCAUUUCCAAAAGGACACAACUAUUGUGGCUGUUGAACUACUUAAAGUAAUUCCAUUCCUUACUCACAAAAGAGAAUGUUCUAAGACCCUAAAAAUGUAAAGUGUUGUACAUUGUGAAGGCAGUGUCUUUAAUGUAACAUGAGCAGGGUCAUUUUGAAAAUGCACAGAACUCACUGCCCUAUAAAAGAGCACUGGUGGAGAUGUCAGGGCUGAACAGUCAAGCCCCAGCCUUAGGAUAUAUUUCACAGUCAAUCUCCCACAGCUUCUAAAUUAAGCCAAAGACUCUACAAUAGUUACAAGCUCAGAAUUUUAUGUAAGUUGGAUCAAGAAGACAGUUUUUAGUUAUACUCUUCCAAAACACUCAUUUAUUUAUUUUUAAUUUUUAAAAAUUCUUUGUGGUGCUAGGAAUCAAACCCAAGGCCAGACACAUACUAGCCUAGUGCUCUAUGACUGAGCUACACCUCGGACUCCCAAACCAUUCAUUUAUUGACCAACUUAUUUAACAUUCUCUGAAUGAAUGCCCAUGGGGUUCUGCAGCCCUGUGCUAAAUGCAAAGAUACAAAAAAAAUAUUAAUCCCCCUCUCUACCUCCAAAUAAAUACAAAGAUCAGGAAAUAUCUACCACCCCCAAAUACAAAGA